CGCACACACACACACACACACACACACACACACACACACACACACACAGUCUGGGAAUUACCCUUCUAAGACCUCCUCCACCAUGCGUUGCUCCUCCUCCUCCCUGUGUCGUCUGCUCCUGGUGUGGGUGUGUGUGUUCUCCUCCUCCCCCACCUCCUCCUCCGCCUCCCCCCUGCUCCCCAACAUCACUCUGGAGGUGGGCAGUGGAGACAUCGAGGGGCUGGAGCUCCACCCACUCACCCCCACGGUGCCCCCCCCUUACGGACCCUCCCUGGCCCCCCCCACACCCGGAGGUGACAACGGGAGGUCGCUAGGAGAUGGAGGAUCGUCGCUAGGAGACGGGGGGUCGUCGCUAGGAGACGGGGACACCCAGGUGGAGGUGUUCUCGGUGGGGCGCCUGGUCGGCUUCCUCAGGGAGAACCUCUUCCUGCUCCUGGUCGUCUCCUCGCUCCUGCUGCUCCUCAUCACCAUGGUUACCUGCGCCUCCUGCCUCAGCCACCGACGCAAGGUGAGCGCCUACUACCCGUGCUCCUUCCCGGCGCGUAUGUACGUGGACCAGCGCGACAAGGCGGGGGGGCAGCGCGUGUUCCGCGAGGUUCCGGAGAAGACUCAGGCCUCCACCCAGCAGGGGGCUCCACCAGUCGGGACGCGAGACCCAUCGGCCCGCAAGCUGCAGGACGAUAUCCUCAUGAUCGCCAGGAACCUGCGCUCCCCUGCCAAGGGCGUCCGCGUCGACCGCACCGGGAGCGAGAACCAACAGCCCUCCAGGUAA